ACAACAAAGGUGCCUGGAACUCACUCAUCGUUUUAAGCACCCAUCGGACGGAAGAUCUUCACCACUAUAAAAUGCUUCUGCUGUACUUCUGCUUUUGUAGAAUAGCAGUAGCUAUCAGUAACCAGGCCCGAUCCACAGUGGACAGCGUCACAGUUUAUCCCGUCGUUUACGAAGAGAGAGAAGACAACCAAAGGAAAGUCGUAGCUUUUGAGCACAAGCAGCCCCUGGCAUUAAAGAGAGCGUCCGUUUUGGCACCGAGGCUUCUGCUUCAGGACUACACCGGCAACGGAACCGGCGCGAAAUACGUCAACGGAGCCUAUUACGAGCGCCACCUCUAUGAAAACGCUGCCCAUGAAGCCGCUCUUUUGGUGAAGCCGCAAGGGAGAGGACGCUACCAUAUUGCAGGUCUCAUUAAUUCGACGCAUUUUAUAGAACCACUCAGAAACCACAUGGAUUUCAUGGGAAGAAAUCCACAUGUAAUAUCGCGGAUUCCAGCCUCAAGAGACGACGCCUUCUACAAAAUGAUAAAAGUGAAAUCUCGCACGAAUGGAAAUUUGUCCCUUCCAGAAGCAAGAACGGAACCCUUUGGACUUGUCGUGGAGGUCGCUAUCAUUAGCGAUUACUCUCAUACGCGGGGUCUUCGACAGAAGUCGAUCAAAGCUCUAGAAUACAUAAUGACUUACAUGUACAAGGUCAGCCUGCAGCUGCAGCAGUUAACGCCCCCUGUCCGAAUUGCUCUUGUAGGAUACCAGAAAACAAGAAAGGCAAAGGCCGAAUAUGUCAGCCUGUUGCAAACUGGAGCUCUGAACGCUGACGAUACUGUGACGAAACUGAGGAACUACGCGCCUACAAGUCCUUCCACUCGGCAAUCUGACUUGGUCAUUUUAAUCACGGGAGCUGGAUUAUUUGACUUGUCAGCACCUGCUGGCGCUCCCGAGAUGCUUGGCAUUGCACCCUUGGAAGGAAUUUGUAGCCAAUACAGCGUAGCAGUUGUGAAAGACUUGCCUGGAACAUACUCUGGAGUGCACUCAACCGUCCAUGAAAUGGGCCAUUCAUUUGGCUCUUACCACGAUGGCGAAGGAACCUCAGUGAAUUGCUCUGCCCGAGAGGGAUACGUAAUGAGUCCACAGUCACAUGGAGCACACAGGGAUGAAUUUUCACGCUGCAGCCAAAGGGCAAUCAAGAAAUAUAUAACGUCAGGUGGCGCUACAUGCCUACAAUACGCAGCAGCGACAAGUGCUUUGGGCAUUUUUCCACGUGCUAUUGUGAGUUCACUUGAUGCACAUUUUCCACAAGAACGCAAAGUCAACAUUUCAACACGCGUGAACACACCGUAGACUAAGGGUCCUGGAUAAGAACCUAAAAACAGAUAUGUAGAAGAAAGGCAAAUCAUAUGACCCCAGGCUAAGGACAGAAAACCCAACCAAGAAGGAGGCAGCUGUUCAGUGACUUUUCGGGCACGGCAAAUUAUGUGCACGUUGAAAAUAAAAACGUAUUGGGUUUCCUCA